ACGUAUAAAACAGGAGCUAUUUGUUCUUCACAAAUAUAAAAUGAAACUUUCGUUUGGGAAAAAGCAAAAACAACCAAAAACAACGGCAAGGUGCGGAACAGGAAAACGUGACGCAUUUUAUCUUUGCAUCUAAAUGUUUCAAAAUCUGUUUAGUUUCCUUAGAGGGGAGGGGAGGGGAAACAGUUUAGCAAAAGAAGCGGAGCUGCAAGGUUUCAAUUGCAUCAUGUUGCUCGCUGAGGUUACAUUGCUAACUGUCUGGACGCUGCAAGCAGUGUUCCCAGCGUCCCUCAGUUUCAACAUCGACACUCAGACUCCGGGAGUGUUUGAAGGGAACUGCACCCAGCAAUUUGGACACAGAGUCGUCCAGCAUGCCACAGGAACGGAAAAAUGGAUUGUGGUCAGCGCCCCGCACCAGGAGGUGACCCCAGGAUUGAGAUCGGGAGGGUUAUUCAGAUGUGACUACAGAAACCAGUCCUGUAACCCCAUUCACAUCCCAGUUGAGCAAAAUUCUGAUUCCAUCGGCCUGUCACUGGCAGUUCAAAAUGAAGAUCCUUUCAAUCUCACAACUUGCAGCCCUACGCUGGUCCACAAAUGUGACUCAAAUAUGCAUGUGAAUGGAAUUUGCUAUCUGUUCAACAGAAAGCUUGAUCUGAUCACCAAGCUGACCCCUGCUGUCCAAGAAUGCACCAAGAGGAACAUCGAUCUCGUCUUCCUGUUCGACGGUUCCGAAAGCCUCAAGAGUGAGGAUUUCGAGAUGAACAAGAAUUUCAUCAUCGACAUCAUGAAGAAUCUCACCAACACCAGCCUGCAGUUUGCAGCGGUACAGUUUUCUAAAGAAAUCCGGACUGAGUUUAACUUUUACGACUACCAAAAGCUGAAGGACCCUGCGGCACUUCUGUCCAAGACUCAGCACAUGAAGUCUCUUACUAACACUCACAAAGCAUUGAAUUUUACACUGGAGACUCUUUUGUAUAACACGACAGCCGGGGCUGUGGAGAACGCCACUAAAGUUCUCGUGAUAAUCACAGACGGUCAACCUUCAGACUACAAUGAUUGGUUCCACAAUGUGGUUGGCCAUCUGGACCAGAAGAACAUCAUUCGAUACGUCAUUGGGAUCGGUAAUGUAGAGCUGGCUGGGCUGAAAAAACUAGCCUCCCAACCCAAGGAAAAGAACACGUUCUAUAUUCAAAAUUACGCCGGGCUGAAGGGGAUCCUCGACAAUCUUCAGGGGAAGAUAUACAGCAUCGAAGGAUCCGGAAACGACCAGUCCUUCGUGAAGGAGUUGUCUCAGAGCGGUUUUAGCGCUGCCUUCUCAAAGGACUCCCUCAUACUGGGAGCAGUGGGGUUCAACUUCUGGGCUGGGGCUGUCAUUCACAUGAAGCCAAAUCAGCAGGAGAGAAUCCAAACCUCUCUUUCAAGGCUCUCCAACGACUCCUAUCUUGGUUACUCAGUCACCACCGGUAGCCUUGGCAACAGAAUGCUGUAUAUCGCUGGCGCUCCAAGGCACAGUCACAAAGGCAGAGUGGAGAUAUUCCAAAGCAUAGACAGUGAGGUGCAGUGGAGCCACGAACAGAGCAUUGAUGGAGAGCAGAUUGGCUCCUAUUUUGGGGGUGAGGUGUGUGCUGUGGAUUUGAAUGGGGAUGGCGAUACUGACGUUCUCCUAGUGGGGGCGCCCUUGUACCACAAACAGGAGCUUGGAGGGCUGGUGUACACCUACACUGUCAAUGCAGAGGGCUCCUUCUCCCCAGCUGUCACACUCUCAGGGUCCCCAGGGUUCCCCCUCUCUCGGUUUGGCACUGCGAUCUCAGGGGUGGGAGAUCUGGACGGAGACGGGCUGACGGACAUCGCUGUGGGGGCGCCCCUGGAAAACAAGGGGAGUGGGGGCCUGUACAUCUUCCAGGGGGGAGAGAGUGGAGUGAACCCCAACUAUACACAGCACAUCACAGGUUGGACAAUGUCCCCUCGGCUGCAGUAUUUUGGACAGUCCAUCCACGGGGUGAUGGACAUCAAUGGGGACGGGCUGACGGACAUCGCUGUGGGGUCCCUGGGACGUGCAGUGCUGCUCAGGUCAAGACCGGUCCUGAAUGUUGCUGCUGAUGUCUCGUUUCACCCUUCUGAGAUUUCGAUGGACUUUUUCGACUGCCUCACCAAAAAGACCCAGGUCAGCACUGUGAGCAACAUGUCAGUCUGCAUCAUGGUGUCCAAACUUACCAGAGACAGCUUGGAAACAAGUCUCAACCUCUCCUACCAGAUUGAGUUGGAUAGUUUGAGACAGAGAUUCAGGGCAGAUUUUGGACAUGAUAAAAGGACGUUGCAAAAGAGCGUCUACCUGCCUCUGGGAAAAACGUGCAUCACCUAUCCCAUCAAAAUGAAGAAUUGCGUUGAGGACAGCUUCUCCCCUAUUAAAAUCAAGAUGUCUCUCUCCCAAGUUGAGGCAAACAGCACAGAUCUUGUUACCCCCAUACUGAAUCGAAUGAGCAAGAACAUCAUAUGGACUGAGAUUCCUUUUGAGAAAAACUGCGGCGGGAACGGCGUCUGCAUUUCUGAUUUAUCCGUAUCGUUCAACUACUCUGGGUGA